AGCAAAUCGAAGGUUUGGUUUUUGGUUUUUGGUUUUUUCCUACAUAUUACUCCUUAAAACCACCAACAGGUGCUCUUGCUCGCUCGGGACCAAGGCUCGGAACCGAUUACCUAUCCUCGUGUACCUGCUGCUGCUGCUCUGCUUGAGUCACUUGCGCCUUUCUUGCGCAACGCUUGCCGUCCACGAUGACAGCAACCAUAUCUCAAGGCAUCUCUUCAAACGUAUCUCCCGGCGUCAACAGUGUCGCUGAGCCCAUUCGGCCCUCAUUGCCGCGCCGCUCCUCUUCGCUGCAUAAACAAGUGAUAGCCAAACUCCGUCCGCUGCCAUUCCAAUACCUCUGGUCAGUCUGGCACUCCAAGUCACACUUCCAGCCUCCCGGUAGCAACAUCCCGCCCUCGGAUGCAUAUCAAUUAACGCUGCUGGUCGAUUCGGUCGCUGACAUCGGCACCUUCUACCGCAUUUUCAACAACCUGCCUUGGUCUCAAGUUCGAACAAAGGACAGUAUUCACAUUUUCCGCUCCGGGGUCCAGCCGUUAUGGGAAGACGAGGAAAACCGAAAAGGUGGCCGUUGGUUGAUUCGAGUCCGUCCGGACGAAGGGAGAGAUGUCAGGUGCUGGGAGGAGAUAUGUCUGUUGUGCUGUGGUGGAGAAUUGCAGGCGGCCAUUGCUCAAGAACGUGACCAUAUCCUCGGAAUGUCCUUCUCGCCACGACAAUACUUCACGCACAUCUCAAUAUGGACCAAGAGAGGCGAUAACCUGCGAAGUAUCAUGUUGAUGGAACGGGCUAUUCUCGCCGGCUUGUCGCCCGACCUUAGACCCAAAUCCAGCGCCGACUUCAACUACCGGAGACAUGCGGAGAAGAUAGAUAUGCACAAUGUGCAAAUGCAGGAUCGACAAUCGCAGAUACAAGCCCAUAUCCAAGUCCCAGUUUUGCAUGCUUCGAUGGGUCUGGGCUCAAUGAUCAGACGACCCGGCCCUGUACGUGCCUUGACAGUGGGGUGAAGGUGAAGUCCGGAUGCUGGAUCACCGACCAGGGACGUAUCGGUCAAUAGGCACAGGAUCGCGAUCUCUGCGGACAUCACUUCUCUCUCUCUCUCGUCUUCUGUCGUCCCGUCGGUCUUCGCGACGGUCGUCCCGACGGUCAUCUUUUCUGUCAUCCCGGCGAUCAUCUCGUCGAUCAUCACGACGCCGGCUUCGAUCUCGUCUGUCCCUAUCACGGUCGCGAUCUCGAUCCCGAUCCCGCUCACGACUUCGAUCACGCUCUCGCUCCCGUUCCCUGUCGCGAUCUCGAUCUCGCUCCCGGUCGCGGUCUCUGUCUCUGUCUCGAUCCCGGGGUCUAUCGACGUCUCGAUCUCGGUCGCGCUCUCGCUCUCGAUACCUAUCUCGGGACCUAUCCCGCUCACGGUCGCGGUCGCGGUCUCGGUCCCCACGGUCCCCACGGUCACGCUCGCGCUCGCGAUCCCGAUCUCGUUCUCGUUCUCGGUCCCUAUCCUUCUCUCUGUCCCGGUCUCUUUCCCUUGAUCGGUUUCGUUCGCGCUCGCGGUCACGGUCUCUGCGUUCAUGGUCGCGAUCGCGACCUCCAACUUCACGAUCGCGCUCGCGCCCCGAUUCGCGGUCACGGUCUCUACGUUCAUGGUCCCGAUCGCGAUCUCCACCUUCACGAUCACGCUCGCGCCCUGGUUCGGGGUCACGGUCACGGUCCCCAUCCCGGUCUCGAUCUUUGUCACUGCGAUGACUGUCGUACUUUCUUCUCGGCUCUCGGUCACGAUCUCUGUCAGUAUCCCGGGGUUGACGUCGUUGUCGAUCACGUUCACGUUCCUCUUCAGUACGAUGGACACCGCCUCCAGGGACAUAGCGGUCGAUACCUAACGGCGAUGCUGAGCGAGGUCUUCUUUCUCGAACGGAGCGUUUCUCAUGAUUAGGUGAUGGGGAAUCGCGCUGGCUUCGGGCUUCGCCUUCCUCGCGAUCUUUACUGGGACUCCGGCGGCGAGCUGGUUCAGGUUUGUCUUUUUCUUGGACGGAUGGCUUUUUGUCGCGGGAUCUGCUUCGACGGUCGGGCUCGCGUUUGUGGCUUUCUCGAGAUCUGUCUCUUCGUCGGGAAAAUCGGUCCGACGUAACAUGUUUCCGCGAGCUGUCGUGUAUUUCAGACUUGUCGAAAUUGUAUUCGUGUCUCUGCUUGGACUUUUCUG